CUACAUUCUCUACAUUACUAUCCAUCUACUCAUUCUGUACUUUUCUUAUUUUUUUCUCUGGAAGUUCGUAUUGCUCGCACGUCAAAGAAGCCACUACAUUAGCUGCAUUUUUUACCCGAUUCAGCGGAACUCCUUGUUUUGCUUCAGAUUCACUAUGGCGACCUUUACAACCAGGCGCGAGCCCUUGGUCACCUGCCCGUACAACGCGGCGCACCAGGUUAAAAGCGGCCGCUUGCAAAUUCACAUCACCAAGUGUCGAAAGGCUCAUCCCGAAAUGGACUUAAAGCCGUGCCCUUACUCUGCUGAGCACAUGGUUCCCGCCAGCGAAUUUUAUCACCACAUGCACACGUGUCCCCUAAACACCACGGUGGAAAGAUUCCUCACUGUGACUGAAACUUCCAAGCCAACCGGAGAUGUGUCGGUGCCUCCCUACCAGUCCGGUGAACCCGUUCACGCGGAAGAAAACUGGGACGAAGAUGUUAGCGUUGCCGCAACACUAGAAGACAAGAUCGCAGAGCCGGCGGUCACUCCAAUCUUCAUGAAUGUUCAGCGGAUGCUUCCGGCGGAGAGGAGGCACUAUUACGCAUCGCUGCACAGUAAGGUCGACGAGGUGGUCCCAGAGAGCAUGAAGCCGAGGGACCUGGACUCGCCGGCCUCGAGCUCGCUACCCAUUCCACGUCAGCCGCGGACAGAGCCCAAGAUUUAUCUUUCAAAGACGCCCGUACCGACACCUGCUGGACGAGAUUCGGACAGCGACGAAGGAAGCGACGAUGAGUCGGACGACGGCGUCAACAAGGCUGCCCUCUACAGGAUGGGCAUGGGACGCGGUUGCUCCAUGGCUAGACCAGCUUCGACAACGCCGAGCGAAAACGGCACCGACGGCCUGAGCGCCGGCAUGAGGCUGAUGGGCCUCGGUCGUGGACGUCGAGUGUUCAGGGACUGACGCCCAAUUCUGCAAGGAGCCCCACGAGUCCGUGAAGCUAAAUUUGGAUCGUCAAGACGAGACACAAAGGAAUGUUACAAGCGUCAUGUUAUGGCAGAUUCAUCCAUCCCCAUUCUUUGUUGACAUCAUGGAAGGAGCCACCCCAUAUUUGCCUUUUCUUUUUAGAAAUUUGUAACCAAAUGAACUGAAUUUGUCGAUAAACCACUAUAAUCCAUUUCAGUAUAACUUGGCACAUGGCAAAAGCUACGACGCUGGCGAACAAAUCUGAGCGUCUGUAUGCAACGAUGCACAGUCGAAUGUAUACCUGUGGAGUGAGAGCUGUCACGCACUUCGCUGUUUGCCAAGCUAUGCUGAAAUGAAAAGAAGGCAGGGUCGCCAAUUUUAUUCCUUCAAAUCGACUUAUAAACCAGUUCUAGUGUGCUUUACGUCCAAAUAAAGACUGAUGCACAGGAAAAGUUUUCACAUCUUAAA